CAUGAAAAGUAAAGACAAGUGCAUGUUAGCUAACCCGGUGAUACAGGGUUUGCUUUUGCUUUCCCUUGAAUAAUUGAAGUAAACUCACUAACCCUGCCUUCACUUGAUUGAUUCAUUAUAUUAAUCUCUUGUUACAAGCAAAGGGGAGUCGAGGGGAGAGGAAUAAUAAUGGUGUCAGGGAAAGGGAGAGGAGAGAGGAUUCUGGUGACGGGAGGGGCAGGCUUCAUCGGAUCCCACACGGUGGUAGAGCUUCUGAGGCAAGGCUACAAGGUGUGGGUCAUGGACAAUCUCCAAAACUCGUGCGUGGAAGCCCUCCAUAGAGUUUGCCAUUUGGUUGGUCCACGCCUCUCUCCCAACCUCCAAUUCCACCACGGCGAUCUCUGCAACCCCGCUGACUUGGACCGCCUCUUCAAUGCCUCCUCCUCAUUUGACGCCGUCAUCCACUUUGCCGGUCUCAAAGGCGUUGGAGACAGUGUUGUCAAUCCCCUCCACUACUACCACAACAACAUUGUUGGCACCGUCAACCUCUUCCAAGCCAUGGCUAAAUUCAAUUGUAAAAAGAUGGUAUUUUCAUCGUCGGCGACGGUGUACGGACAACCAGAGGAAGUGCCGUGUGCGGAGGAGUCGAAGCUGCAUGCGAUGAAUCCUUACGGGAGAAGCAAGUUGUUUGCGGAGGAGAUGGGGAGGGAUAUAGAGAAGGCAGGGGGAGAGGGAGAGUGGAGGAUGAUAUUUCUGAGAUACUUUAACCCAGUUGGGGCCCACGAGAGUGGCAAGUUAGGGGAGGAUCCGAGGGGAAUCCCUAACAACCUCAUGCCUUACAUCCAACAAGUUGCCGUUGGAAGGCUCCCUCACCUCAACGUGUACGGUCAUGAUUAUCCCACCAACGAUGGCACCGCGGUUCGGGACUACAUCCAUGUCAUGGACUUAGCACAUGGUCAUGUUGCUGCCCUACGAAAGCUUUUUGCAAAUGACACCAUCGGCUGUACUGCCUACAACUUGGGAACGGGUCGUGGGACAUCUGUGCUUGAAAUGGUUGCAGCAUUUGAAAAAGCUUCCGGCAAGAAGAUUCCAAUUAAAAUGUGUCCUAGGAGGCCAGGGGAUGCUACCGCUGUUUAUGCAUCCACAGAGAAGGCUGAGAAAGAACUUGGUUGGAAGGCAAAAUACGGUAUAGAGGAGAUGUGCAGGGAUCAAUGGAACUGGGUCAGUAACAAUCCAUGGGGUUACCAAGGCAACCAUUAAGAUUUUGUCUUUCACUUCUCACUUGAUUGAUUCAUUCUUUUAUUUAUGCCAUGCUAGCUGAAAUCCUUGUUUAAGAAUGUUGCUCUUUCCGUUAUAGUUACAUAUGCUGUUUAUGAUUAUGUAAUUCAGCUUAAUGAAAGACGUACUAUUGAGCCUCUAAA